AUGGCGAACCUGUCGAUCCUCCGCGGAGAGAGAAAAGAAGCCCCGGAUAUCGGACUCGUCCACGAGAUCUUCGAAGCCCGGGCGAAGGGGACGGGAAAAAAAGAGGCCCUGAGAUUCCGCUGGCGAAGCAUGGAUUUCACAGAGUUGAACGAGACGUGCAACAAGCUGGCCCGGCUCCUGAGGGCGAGGAUGUCGGGAAGCGAGGGAGAUCCCGUGGUCGCCGUCUGCAUGGAGCCUUCCCUCGUCCUCGUGGUUUCGCUCAUUUCCAUUCUGAAAACCGGCUCCGCCUAUCUACCCUUGGAUCCGGAAUUCCCAGCCGAGAGAAUCGACCACAUCCUUCGAGACGCCAACCCGAUGUUCGUCCUAAAAUCGGGGGAAUCCAAAGGCCUCGAAGAAGGAAGGGGCUCUCACCUUCUCUACGACGUCGAGGUCCUUCUCCGAGAGAGCCGAGACUUGAGCCCGGAAGACUUGGGAAAGAGUUCUCACUUGGUCUAUGACAUCGAGAUCCUUCUCCAAGAGAGCCAGGACUUGAGCCCGGAAGACUUGGGUGAAGAUUCACUGAUCCCGAUAAAAAGAGCAGAAGAUCGCCUGGCGGCCAUCUUAUACACGUCAGGAAGCACCGGAACUCCAAAGGGAGUCCGGCUUCCCCACCGAGUUCUCCUCAACCGACUGCUGUGGCAAUGGGAUACUUUCCCGUACGGAGACGACGAGGUGUGCUGCUUCAAGACGGCCGUGACCUUCGUGGAUUCCAUCUCUGAGAUCUUCGGGUCUCUGUGCGACGGGAAAACCCUCCUGAUCGUGCCGAGGGGAGUCACUCGAUACCCGGAAGAAUUCCUCGCAGAGGUCCGACAGUAUGAGGUCCGUCGCCUCGUCUUGGUUCCGACCCUCCUGCGGUCCAUCCUCCUCUAUGCCCGGUCGACGAAGGCUUCGGAUUCGGUGGGGAGCCUGAGACUCUGGGUCUGCAGCGGGGAGACCCUCACCCAGAAAGCAGUGAUCGACUUCUUCGACCUUUUCCCCGACGGACACACCCUCUGCAAUUUCUACGGGAGCACGGAGGUGAUGGGUGACGUCACCUAUGAGGUGUUCCGCUCCCGACAGGAGGCUUUGGUCAAGACUCACACGGGGAAGGUCUCAAUCGGACGCCCGAUAUACAACACUAUUCUCUACGUCUUGGACGGGGACAUGAGACCAGUUGUGAAGGGAGAGAUAGGAGAAAUCUUUCUGGCGGGGAAUAAUUUAGCCAGUCUCUACGUUCGAGUCGGUUCUGCGGGAAAAUUCCUCGCUAAUCCUGACCUCACGGAAGGAAAGGGUGAGCUUCCAAAAAUGCAAACGGGUCUGUGGACCGGUACACAUCAUCGGGAAAUUCCUAUCAUGACAGACUACGGGAUGCUCUAUCGAACGGGAGACUAUGGGCGAAUCGUGGACGGGCGAGUGAUUUUCGAAGGAAGGACGGACUCCCAGGUGAAGGUGAGAGGCCAUCGAGUAGACCUGUCCGAGAUCGAGGCUGCUCUUGCCAAGCUGGGCCUCGCCGUCUCCAAAGCCACCGUCCUCUGCUACCAUCCCGGAGAUCUCGAUCAGGACAUCAUUGCCUUCUACGUGGGUACGGUCGCGACAGAAGAGGUCCAAGAUCGAUUGAAGUCUUUGCUGGACAUCGUUGCCUUCUACGUGGGUACGGUCGCGACAGAAGAGGUCCAAGAUCGAUUGAAGUCUUUGCUGGUGGAUUACAUGAUGCCCCAGGUCGUAAGGGUCCCUGGUAUUUCUCUUCUUCCAAAUGGGAAGAUCGAUCGGCAGGCUCUCCUUCGUACCUUUCAAGCUUACCGUUCCCGUUCCGUGGUGCCUCUAGGCGACGACUUCCUGGAGAAGCUCCCGGAAGAGAAAAGAGAUGCCGCUGCUUCUCUCAUUCGCGUCUUGUUUGACGUUCUCGGAUUUAGUCUGAAGAAGGAACAACUGAAUCUGCAGUCGAAUUUCUUUGACAUCGGCGGGAAUUCCUUGAACGCAUUGCUGGUUGUCAUCCGCCUGACCGACCUCGGAUUCCCCAUCGCUGCAGGCAUUGGAGAGUUCCUGAAGGCGCCUCAUCUGGGAAAAGUGCUGGACAGGAUGUGCUUGAGAGGUGAUGGGGAAGCAAGGGAAUCUUCGACAGGAAGUCCUUCCUUCCUUAUCCAGCCUCUGACGGGAGAAGACCGAGAAGAAUUCAUCAAAGUGUUGUCACGGGCCUUCGCCACGAAGGAGCAAUGGAUCGGAUGUACCGAAAAAGAUUUUAACGUCUUGCUGAACAGCAUGUGGCCCUCAGCCCUGGAGAACGACCUAAGCUUCUCGGUCCGAAGACACGAUGGGAGAUUGAUCGCGGUAGCCUUCAAUAUGGACUUCUCCGAAGAGCCCGAUAUGGACCCACCCGAGGCCCUGCUACCCGUCUUGACCAUGCUCCACUCGGUGGAAAAUCCGCAAAAGUUCGUACUCGCCUCAUUUGCCGAUUCGAGAGUCUCCCUCUCGAUCGUCGUCAUGGGUUGGAACGAAUCAUUUAGGAGCCUUCACGUGCCUCGGGGAAAAAACGAAGUCCUCUAUAGCUUCAUGAUGGCCACGGACGAAAGUGUGUCGAAGCAGGAAAACGUCCUCGUCAUGCAAAUCAUGGAGGAAGAAAUCAUUCGCCUUGCCAAAAGGAAGGGAUAUUCCGCCAUUCUCGCCACCAACACCAACGCCCUCGCUCAGCAAUUGGCGUCCGUGCUGGGCUACGAAUUGCUCCAGGACUUCCAAGUGAAUCAGUUCGUUAUGCCGGACGGCUCCACACCUUUUUCCCGAGUUCCGGAUGAGCAGAGGGCCAUAUGCGUCUUGAAACACAUCUGA